AUGAAAGACAGCAAAGGCUGGGAUGGGAAGCUGAGGGUGGAACCAAAAGCCACGAUCACGAACCCUGAGGCUCUGGAGGAUCCGGAGUAUUCGGACUCGGAUGCGCCGCCGGUGGAGGAAAUCGAGGCCGAUGAGGACUUGCUUGAGGAUGAGGAUAGAGACACUCCGGACAUCGAUCUCGUACAUUGUCGCAUCCGAUCUAUCCCAGCUCUUCGGUUAGAGCGAUUUACCAAGUUGCAGAGAAUAUGCCUCCGACAAAACCAGAUUACGCGCAUCGAGUUUCCCUCGGAGAUCGCGCCGACGAUGCUCGAGCUCGACUUAUACGAUAACCUCAUCUCGCAUAUGCGGGGUCUCGACGACUUCCGGGACCUGACGAGUCUCGAUCUGAGCUUCAACAAGAUCAAGCAUAUCAAGAACAUCUCGCAUCUGGUGCAUCUGACGGAUUUGUACUUUGUGCAGGACCGGAUAUCGAAGAUUGAGGGGCUGGAGGGGCUGACCAAGUUGCGGAAUUUGGAGCUGGGGGCGAAUAGGAUCCGGGAAAUCGAGAACCUGGAGACUCUGGCCGCGCUGGAGGAGCUGUGGCUGGGGAAGAACAAGAUCACUGAGAUGAAGAACCUCGACGCGCUCUCGAACCUCCGCAUCAUCUCCAUCCAAUCGAACCGACUCACCAGCAUCACCGGCCUCUCCUCUCUCCAGAACCUCGAAGAACUCUACCUAUCGCACAACGCCAUCACGGACCUCAGCGGCCUCGAGUCGAAUACCGCGCUACGCGUCCUGGAUUUCUCUAACAAUCAGGUCUCGAAGCUGGAACACAUCUCGCACCUGAAGAACCUGGAGGAACUGUGGGCAUCGAACAACCAGCUCGCCAGCUUUGAGGAGGUGGAGCGCGAGCUGAAGGAUACAAAGACUCUCAAUACGGUGUAUUUCGAGGGGAACCCGUUGCAGACCAAGGGCCCGGCGGUAUAUCGGAAUAAGGUGCGGUUGGCGCUGCCGCAGAUCAUGCAAAUUGAUGCGAGUAAGUUUGGGCUGAAAUUAUAUGAAGAGAAUGGAGGCUAA